AUGCAGAACCAAGAGAAGGCAACAAAUGUACGCACCAUAUUGGACAAACCCUCACCAUUCCGCCAGAAUGUCAACAAAUGCGUUCAGUACAUCAGCAUUUUAGAAUCAAUCGAGACGAGUCGUUGGUAUUUGAUAUGCUACACAAAGUCAAGUGGAUGUUCACAGUGUCAUCUGGAGGCGUUAUGCGAUAAUGAGUUCACGAGUGAAUGUGCCGACAUUUGGAUGUUGAAUUCAAUCAGUGUGAUACGCAACGAUAGUAUGACGAUGUGGAUGAAGAUUGGAAAGCGUUAUCCAUUCAUCAAAUGGACAUCCGUGCAGAUCACUGUGAAGGAUCAGGCUCGUGAUAAACGAUUAGCCAAAUAUGAACAAAUACCUCAGUUGGACAAACAACUGGAAAUAGAGCUAACAGAUUUGCAUCCAAGCGGUUGGUAUUUGGUGGAAACGUGCUUACACAUUGAACCACCGAAAAGUUUCGUUGAAGAGUAUGACGUUGAGUUGAACGAAUAUUCAAGGGAUAUGUGCAAAACGGGUUCGUAUCGAACAAAGGCAUCCUCAGCCACCAAUUUAUUCGUAUUGUUAUCACCGUUUCGAGUCAUUUUUUGUUUCGUUAAUGUUGUGUUUAUAUUACGAUUGUUGUUGUUACAUCCUUUAUAG